GGACUACUUUUCAUAUUGGAAAACAUUGGAGAAGCGCAGUGAUACCAAAGAGAAACGCACCGCAGACAGGUGCAUGACGCAAAACAGAAACCCCAGUAGUAGCAGAUUUGGCUAUUUUUACAACUAAGAAACGCCAUCGGAAAACAUUGGACAGCCUUUGUAAUUGUACAGAAUGACAAUAAGAGUCGGUGCUAGUAUCUGAUCUCCCUCCUUUCCCAGAGUGGUUGUCUACACCAACACACACCUUAUUCAUUCUGCUCUCCUCCGGCAUGUCAGGUGGUUACACUCCAGCCCCUGGGGGCCCCUUCUCAGCCCUGACCUCCAGUAUGUGGCCCCAGGACAUCCUGGCCAAGUACUAUCAGAAGGACCCAACAGAGGAGGCAGAACUGCAGUAUGAUGAGUUUGGCUUCAGGCUGGACAGUGAUGAUGGUGUAGAGCCAGAGCCGAGGCCAGAGCCCCAGAGAGAGGACCCCCAGCAGAGGCUGCGCUGGCAGGCCCACCUGGAGUUCACCCACAACCACACCGUAGGAGACCUGACCUGGGACCUCAUCUCCCCCGUCCUGCCCCACUCUGAACGCCUCCGCUCCCUGGUGCUGGGGGGCAUACCACACAGCAUGAGACCACAGUUGUGGAUGCGUCUGUCUGGAGCUCUGCAGAAGAAAAGGACUACAGAGAUAUCCUACAAAGAGAUCGUUAAGAACAGCACCAACGACGAGACCACUGCUGCCAAACAGGUACUGGAUGCUGAGAUAGAGAAGGACCUGUUGCGGACCAUGCCCUCCAACGCGUGUUUCUGCAGCCUGCAGAGUGUGGGUGUUCCCAGGCUGAGGCGGGUACUGCGGGGCCUGGCAUGGCUCUACCCAGACAUUGGCUACUGCCAGGGCACAGGCAUGGUGGUGUCAUGUCUGUUGCUGUUCCUGGAGGAGGAGGACGUGCUGUGGAUGAUGUGUGCCCUGAUCGAGGACCUGCUGCCACCCUCCUACUUCUCCUCCACCCUGCUGGGGGUCCAGACAGACCAGAGGGUCCUCAGACAGCUCAUAGUCCAGUAUCUACCAAGCCUGGACAGGCUUCUGCAGGAGCACGACAUCGAGUUGUCUCUGAUCACGCUGCACUGGUUCCUGACAUCGUUUGCCAGUGUGGUGGACAUCCGCAUCCUGCUGAGGAUCUGGGACCUGCUGUUCUACCAGGGCUCUGUGGUCCUCUUCCAGGUCACACUGGGCAUGCUCAAGAUCAAGGAGGUUGACCUUCUCCUCUCUCCCCUACAGGAGGAGGAGCUGGUGUCCUCUGAGAACUCUGCGUCCAUCUUCAACACGCUGUCCGAUCUGCCCAGCCAGCUGGGUGACGGGGCUGCAGUACUGGGGGAGGCCAUGAGGCUGGCGGGGGCGCUGUCCCAGGACACACUGGAGGCCCAGAGGAACAAACACCUGGCUUACAUCCUCAAUGAGCAGGCCCAGCUCAACACCAACAACUCCCACACACUCAACAACAACCUCAAUAAAGUUGUGAGGAGACAGUCGCUACGUAGGAAGUCCACUCUGAGCUCUCUGUUGUGGGGUGAGGACGAGGCGGAGGCUCUCAAGUCUAAGAACAUCAAGCAGACAGAGCUGGUAGCAGCGCUCCGAGAGGCCAUCACCCGCACCGCUGAACACUUCCACUGUCUGGACCCCCGACACACCAGCACUGACCUGACUCCAGACUACUCCAUGGAGAGCCACCAGAGAGACCACGAGAACUUCCUGGUUGUGUCUCGUAACCGACGGAGACGGGCCAAAGCCCUGUUGGACUUUGAGCGCCAUGACGACGACGAACUGGGCUUUAGGAAGAACGACAUCAUCACAAUUUUUUCCCAGAAAGAUGAGCACUGUUGGGUGGGAGAGCUCAACGGGCUGAGAGGUUGGUUUCCAGCCAAGUUCGUAGAAAUCCUCGAUGAGCGGAGCAAAGAGUACUCUCUGGCGGGUGAUGACUCGGUGACUGAGGCGGUGACAGACCUGGUCAGAGGGACGUUGUGUCCUGCCCUGAAGGCCAUCUUCCAACACGGUUUGAAGAAACCCUCCAUACUGGGAGGACCCUGCCACCCCUGGCUCUUCAUAGAGGAGGCAGCCAGUAGAGAGGUGGAGAGGGACUUUAACUCGGUCUACUCCAGACUGGUGCUGUGUAAGACGUACAGAUUAGACGAGGAUGGCAAGGUUCUCACACCAGAGGAGCUGCUCUACAGAGCGGUGCAGUCUGUAAAUAUGAGCCACGACUCUGCACACGCUCAGAUGGACGUCAAGUUCCGCUCGCUCCUCUGCGUGGGCCUCAAUGAGCAGGUGUUACACCUGUGGUUGGAGGUGUUGUGUUCCAGUAUGCCUGCAGUGGAGAAGUGGUACCAGCCCUGGUCCUUCCUAUGCAGCCCAGGAUGGGUCCAGAUCAAGUGUGAGCUCAGGGUUCUCUCAAAGUUUGCCUUCAGUCUCUCUCAGGACUGUGAGCUGCCUGCCAAGAAAGAGGAGAAAGAUCAGAGGCCACUGAAGGAAGGAGUCCAAGACAUGUUGGUGAAGCAUCAUCUCUUCAGCUGGGACAUCGAUGGCUAGAAACACACACCCAAAGCCUGCAAAAAACUCCCCUGCCCAACACAUGCUGUGUCUACCAGAGUGAUCUUUCUGUUUCUUUCAUAUUGACUGCUAUGUCAGAACCCACUACUAGUGUUUCCAUCACUACCUCUCACUAGGAAGUAUUGUAAUGUUCAGACAUUUGAUCAUCAUUCUACAAACACAUUGAUAUGCAUCGUGGUUUCACUUCCUCGUCUCAACUAAACUGCAUCCGAAGCCUUUCUACUGAGGAUAGUACACUAUAGGGGGCGCGUUCAUCAAGACGCAACUUUAUGGAAUGUUCAGAUAGAAAUAAGCAUUGUAGAACAAAGAUGCUUCUGACAUGUAGAAUAAGGAAUAACAUCAGCUCUAUUCAUGGCAUUUCUAUCUGCAAUGUUUGGCAACUUACCGUGGCCAGGUUAUCAUUUGAGACACCAAAAGACUUUCCAUGUCUAUCAACGAAUUACAUUUACUUUCUGAGCUUGCUAACAAAUCAAAGGUCUUUUGAUGUGUCUAUUAAGGAAGCAAUUAGUAUGUAACCAAGGUUGAUAGUCCUCUCUGUCACCAUGGCUGUUAGUUCUUGGGUGAAGCUACUGUGUAUGUUGUCCACACCAGUGUUUCUGAUACUUUAGAUCAGGUGCAGAAGACUAGGAAUAUACAGAAAGUGCUGAUUGUAGCAUUCCUUAGGUACAGAGUAGUCACCUCUACUGUGCCAUAUGAAGUACUUCCUCAGACUCAAGGACUGGGGUGUAUCACUAAGAACCAAACCGGGAGGAAUGUACCUGAAUUUGUCCCAGAGAAACUUGUUUUUGUUGUGAAACGUUUUGCUACAGUGGGCACUGAUCUGAUGUCGUAGUAGCACCUGUGUCCGUGUGUCCUGCUACCAGUACUGUAGUAGGAUGUGCUGAUUGAGAAGUGGAACGUACUCCUGUGUCCGUGUGUCCUGCUACCAGUACUGUAGUAGGAUGUGCUGAUUGAGAAGUGGAACGUACUCCUGUGUCCGUGUGUCCUGCUACCAGUACUGUAGUAGGAUGUGCUGAUUGAGAAGUGGAACGUACUCCUGUGUCCUGCUACCAGUACUGUAGUAGGAUGUGCUGAUUGAGAAGUGGAACGUACUCCUGUGUCCUGCUACCAGUACUGUAGUAGGAUGUGCUGAUUGAGAAGUGGAACGUACUCCUGUGUCCGUGUGUCCUGCUACCAGUACUGUAGUAGGAUGUGCUGAUUGAGAAGUGGAACGUACUCCUGUGUCCUGCUACCAGUACUGUAGUAGGAUGUGCUGAUUGAGAAGUGGAACGUACUCCUGUGUCCUGCUACCAGUACUGUAGUAGGAUGUGCUGAUUGAGAAGUGGAACCUACUCCUGUGUCCGUGUGUCCUGCUACCAGUACUGUAGUAGGAUGUGCUGAUUGAGAAGUGGAACGUACUCCUGUGUCCGUGUGUCCUGCUACCAGUACUGUAGUAGGAUGUGCUGAUUGAGAAGUGGAACGUACUCGUGUGUCCUGCUACCAGUACUGUAGUAGGAUGUGCUGAUUGAGAAGUGGAACGUACUCCUGUGUCCUGCUACCAGUACUGUAGUAGGAUGUGCUGAUUGAGAAGUGGAACCUACUCCUGUGUCCGUGUGUCCUGCUACCAGUACUGUAGUAGGAUGUGCUGAUUGAGAAGUGGAACCUACUCCUGUGUUCUGCUACCAGUACUGUAGUAGGAUGUGCUGAUUGAGAAGUGGAACGUACUCCUGUGUCCUGCUACCAGUACUGUAGUAGGAUGUGCUGAUUGAGAAGUGGAACCUACUCCUGUGUUCUGCUACCAGUACUGUAGUAGGAUGUGCUGAUUGAGAAGUGGAACCUACUCCUGUGUCCGUGUGUCCUGCUACCAGUACUGUAGUAGGAUGUGCUGAUUGAGAAGUGGAACCUACUCCUGUGUUCGUGUGUCCUGCUACCAGUACUGUAGUAGGAUGUGCUGAUUGAGAAGUGGAACCUACUCCUGUGUUCGUGUGUCCUGCUACCAGUACUGUAGUAGGAUGUGCUGAUUGAGAAGUGGAACGUACUCCUGUGUCCGUGUGUCCUGCUACCAGUACUGUAGUAGGAUGUGCUGAUUGAGAAGUGGAACGUACUCCUGUGUCCUGCUACCAGUACUGUAGUAGGAUGUGCUGAUUGAGAAGUGGAACGUACUCCUGUGUCCGUGUGUCCUGCUACCAGUACUGUAGUAGGAUGUGCUGAUUGAGAAGUGGAACGUACUCCUGUGUCCGUGUGUCCUGC